AUGCUUCUUCGAAGUAUCCCAGACUUAUUUGUGUCCAAUUUCAACACAUUAAACAUUGACAAAGAAGAAUCUCACAUCCUUCAUGACAACAUCACGGGUUUCGAUAUUAGCGAUGUCGAACGUCGAGCAACCGUCGAGAAUCUUGCAGCUUGGCAUGUCUGCAGCGCUGCGUGGUCCAUUGUAUUGAGCCGUCACACACUUGAAAGUUCCUUGGAUUGCCUAGCGACUUAUGUACCGCGUCAAAAUACUCCGAACGGAUGCGAUGUGGGUUCUUUUUUAAGCGUUCACGCCUCCAUUGACGAGGAUACCACGUUCGCUGAAUUGCUACAUAAGGCUUCAGACUUCUCUAUUCACAACGAUAAAUUAGCCUUUGAUACAGCAUCAUCCAUCGUCGUCAUUUGCCCUACCACAUUUUCUGCUGGACCUACAGAGUUGCCUUUACCUCCACAGACAAAGUCAGAUGUUACAAUUCAACUACUAUCCACACGAUCGAAGGUGAUCCAAGCAACAUGCCGCUAUCGCAGUGGACUUCCAAGCUGUUAUGUUGAGAAGGUAGUGCACCAUUUCUUGCAUUUGUUGAGAUAUAUCAUAAACCACAAGUCUUGGGCGUCGCUCUAUAUUAGAGACAUAUCGAUGUCAUCUCUCCAGGAGGACAUGCAGCUCCGUCACGACGGUCUUCCUAGUCGUAGCCUUGCCGACAUGGAACUCGGGUCGGUUCACCAACUUUUUCGCCGUCAGGCUCGCAGGACACCCUCCCGCCCCGCGCUUGAGGGUCCUAGUGGUGAUGUGAUAUCUUACCUGGAGUUAGAUCUCAUAUCAGACUUGAUGGAAGCAGAUUUACGUCGUCGACUGUCGAACGUAAGCCCAAGUCAUCUUAAUACCGGUCUAACAGUGGAAAGUGCUGCAGUGGUUGGUAUUAUGAUGCAAAGAUCACCGGCCGUUGUGAUCGCGAUAUUGUCUUGUUGGAAGGCUGGGUAUGCGAUAGUCCUUGUUGAUCCCAGCCAACCUGCCUCGAGGAAUGGUCAGAUUGUAGAAAAUUGCCAUUGCGCUCUCUUGCUAGUGGAUAAAUCGUGGACAGGCAGUGUUGGGAAAGACAUUGCGUGGAACUUUGACUUUGAGUCACUGAGGGAUAGACUAAAGACAUGCGAUGAUUCAGACACCGCGUACCGCCAAUCAGAAAUCGAGAUCUCGAAAGACUUCUUCAGACCAGCUUGGUUUCGGGUUACAUCAGGCUCUACUGGAACGCCCAAAUGUGCUUUGCACAGUCACGCAACUUUUGGUUCCUCGAUUUCUAGUUACAGGGGCAGAGUACGUGCCUCCAAGAGCCUACUUUUCUUCAACCCCAUCUCCUCUGCAUCAGGUAAUGCUAUCUGGAGCUUUCUUACUAACGGUGCAUGCGUAUGCAUACCUCCUCAGGAGGAGAUGGUCUCUGACCUGGCUGGUUGUAUCAACCGCUACGGCAUAGAUGAUGUUUGUAUCACCCCCUCAGCUCUUGCCCUCACAAGCCCAGAACAAGUCCCUAGUUUGAAAACUGUCGCGCUGGUUGGUGAAGCGACGCCACGUUCUCUUGCACAAAAAUGGAGUCAUCAUGUGUCUAUUCUGAUAGGUUAUGGUGCAACGGAAAUGAAUUCCCACGCUUUGCCGUUCCACGAUGAGCCUACUGGAAUUCUUGCCCCCGCCCAUCCACUUCCGAAUUCUGACUACUCGCUCUACAUCCUUCAGCCGGCCACGAUGCAACUCUGUCCCCUUUAUGUUCCAGGAGAGAUCUGCCUUAGCUCCACUUAUAUGAGCUCAGGAUACAUCAAUAUGCCGGAGGCUACUUCUAAAGUCUUUGUGCCCCAUCCGUUUCCGGGGGACGCCGGACAUAGCUACAUUUACAGAACUGGAGACUUGGGAAUGUUCAUUGCACCCCGCUGUUUCGUUAUACUUGGCCGGGUUGACUUUCAAUUUAAGCUGGACGGCAAUCGUAUUCAACCGGAGGAGAUUGAGUCCGUAGUCAAUCAAGUACCAAAAGUAAUCGAAAGCAGGGUUAUUCUGGUUAAGCCUACAGUAGGACCCCCAGUUUCAACGUGCUGUGUGAUAUUAGAGUCUUCCAGCACAAACGGUCUUCACAUAGACAGCCAUUGGAAGGAUUUUGUUUCUGGGGCAGAAAAAGCUUGCUCCAACCAUUUACCCAAGUACAUGAUGCCUCACAGAUGGUUGAAAUUUGAGAAAUUCCCGGAGACUCUUUCGGCAAAAACAGAUACUAAAGCCUUAGCCAUAGAGGCGAAGAAGAUCAUCGACAAUGAAACUACGAUCGCAAUGGGCGGCAACGACCAAAAGAAGAAGUUUGAAGAACAUAUUUCCAUGGAAGGAAAAGUUUUCCUAGACCUGGUUCUAGAAACCCUGACUGGCAAUCAUCCAAAUGAAUUGUCAGCCGACAUGCGUGAAAAGAUGCAGGCCCAAUCGUUCCUUGCUAAUGGAGGGACCUCUUUGCUAUCUCUGCAACUCAGGUCGCAGUUAAGGAGUCGAGGGCUUGAUAUUACAAUCUCGCAACUAUACAGCCCGCAGAGUCUAGUAGAGAUAGCAUCAGACUUUAGUACGGCAGAGGGAGGAAAGGCCAUGGUUCAGGCACAGGAAUCAGGGCCUGCUCUAACGGUAACAGAAUUUCUGCGUUCAAGGAUGCCAACCGAUAUACGACCAGAACUCACGGAAUAUGAAACAAUAUUCCCCACAACCAUGCUUCAACGAGAGAUAUUCGUGUUGAGCAUGCUAGAUCCGAAGUUAUGGAUAUUCUAUCAGUUCAUGGACCUGUCUCAAGUCAGCUGCACGACUUCUCAGCUUCAUGAAGCAAUCAUUCUAUUGGUGUCGGCAAAGCCAAAUCUACGCACUGUCUUUUCGCUUGUAAACGUGCAAAGUAAUCCAGCGACAGUAGAGAACCCUGAUAGUGCCUUUGACCUGAUUAAGAGUGGCCAAUUCGUGCAUGCGAUCUUGAAAUCGGAUGCCAUUUCCAUUAGGGUUUCGCAAGAGGAUCACAUUGAGGAGCCUGAGGCUUUUUGGAGACAAGAUGUCAAUACAAAGUGGUCAUUCGAAAAACUACUCUGGAGAGUGACAUUCCUGUCGAAACCGCGACUGCUAGCAUGGACAUUUAACCACGCGAUUGUCGACGAAUGGGUGGCGCGUAAUAUAUCACGAGAUCUUUAUGCUGUUUUGACAGCAAUACUUGACCGGGACAAUACUCAGAAAGGUCAAACACAGGCUUUGACCGACGCGUGUGAGAAUGCUAGAAAGCCGUCGAUUGAAAAAUGGCCAAUUACCCAUUACGGAACCCACGGACUCACAGGUUCGUCAACACCAGUCGUUGAAAAGCACACGAAAAUUUGGGAAAACUUCAUGGCAAACGCUAGUCCCACUCCGAUACCCGAUGAUCUCAAGCUGCCCUACAGUGCCCUACCAGCGCCUCCGUUCAUCAAGAAUCUAGAAUCUCUUCCCUACGGUGAGUGGUGCCGACAGCAUCAUGUCACGGCUGCCGCGCUGUUUCAUGCCGCGGCGUCCCUGACAAUCGCUCGGCUGUUAAACUGGUGGAGGCCAGGUGGACCGCACCAAACGACUGAGGAAGUAACCUAUUAUCGGAUUAGUUCCAACAGAAACACCAUCUCGGGUGCAUCGGACAUGGAGGGCGCCUUGAUUUCUAUAAGUCCAAUGCGGGUUCCGGUGGCUGCUAGUGCCGACCCAGUCGCUAUCGCACAGGCCGCUCUCAAGAAUUGGAUUGCAACUUAUGAAUCAGAUCCAUACUAUUUAGACGGACAACUGAUACAUACAGGACCAGAGCCGACGGCAAGACAGCGCCGUUGGGGCAAUGUGCUGCUUAACCACAUUUAUCACAACCCAGACAAAGAAGACUCCGUUCCAUCUUUUCGGGGAGUUGCCGAAGACAAAUGUGGCUUUGCCAUGGUUUGGCCAUUUGCAGCUUUAGAGCUGACAGUUGUAGAGACGAACCCAAAAUCAGCGGAUAGUCUCCAGUUGUGCGUAUUGUCUACGCUUGAACAGCAGAGCACUGAGGAUUUUAUACAUAUAUUCGUUGAUGUUCUCCGAGCAGUGAUUGAAACAAAUAGUAGGAUGAGCGCUAUGGAGAUAGUACAACAGUUAUCAUAG